CUGAAGGCUUUCCAUUGACCUGAGUAAAGACCAGGGCCAAUGAAAGGAUGGAGGGAUGGAAAAGCAGUACUCUGCUGCUGGUUGCCCUGCUGCUGCCCUGGAUACACAGCUCCCUAGAAUUGACCUGUGGCCAAAGAAAAAGUAGCAGGCUUGAGAAGUCAGAAACUUUGGAAAUCGUAGGCGGGGAACCUGCAGACAUUACAGAUUUUCCAUGGCAGGUGAGUAUUCUUCACCGCAGGAGACAUAUCUGCGGAGGAUCGAUCCUCAGCAGGUGGUGGAUUUUAACUGCGGCCCACUGCUUCAUAAACAGACAUAAAUCUGACUUGGAGAUUAUACAUAGUGAAAGAAGCACUGGCACCAAGAAGUCGAAGAGGAUGAAAGUGGACAAGCUAAUUACUCACCCUUAUUUUGACAGCUGGCUCUUGGAUAAUGACAUUGCUUUGCUCUUGCUCAAAUCUCCAUUGAAGUUAGAUGCCGAGAAAGUGCCCAUCUGCCUUUCAGAGGUCACUGACAUAGAGAGCUGGAGAAAUUGCUGGGUGACUGGAUGGGGUAUUACCGUUCCUAUGAAAAGUAUGAGUCAACAGCUAAACAAAGUCAGCCUCGACCUGGUCAAAUGGGAAACAUGCUCCUCUGUUAUGUAUGUGCUCACCAGGAACAUGCUGUGUGCUAGGAAUGCUGAAGAAGGGAAGGACGCCUGCCAGGGUGACAGUGGGGGACCUCUGGUUUGCCAGAAAAAAAACAACGAAAGCAUAUGGUACCAGCUGGGCAUUGUCAGCUGGGGAGAGGGCUGUGGCCAGAAGGAAAAGCCUGGGGUGUAUACGAAGGUGUCUAAUUAUCUGUUAUGGAUUAACACGGAGACCACGCUCUCAGGAAGGCCCUAUAUGCAUGAGCCAGACUCUGGGUACAGUUUGCUUCAAUCACCCUGGGCCAUCUUGUUACUGUAUUUUGUGAUACUUCUAUUACACCUGUGAUUAAACACUGUAGAGCC